AUGAAGGUUUUCGGUUCGUUCCUCUGCCUGACCAUCGUGUCUGUUUUUGUCCUUCAACCUCUCGUUGCACAAAGCAAAAGGCUGCAUUUUGGGAAAUGUGCUUUGUCCGUCGACUUACCCGAAAUCAGAGAGUACUUCUCAGCAAUCAGACAAACAGUGGUAACGGAAGAUGUAUCUGGGCACUUGAGGCUCCUGAGUAAAUCUACAUUUCAUGGCAUUCAGGCUGAGGACAGCUGCUGCUUUCUGCGCCACUUGUUGAGAUUCUACGUGGAGAACGUGUUCAAACACUACACACCAACCAGCGACCUUAUCAAGAGGAAGACGAGCAGCCUGGCUAACUCCUUCCUCAGCGUCAAGAGAGAUCUUCGACAAUGCCUGAAUCAGAAUGCGGCUGUUGUUAAAGCCAUCGGUGAAAUCGAUAUUCUCAUACACUGGAUGGAAAAUUUUGAUUAG